AUGGCCGGGGAAAGUGCGCACUCAACUGAGUAUGUCGCCAUCUGUGCCGCCACGAAGGAUGCGGGCCCCGACGUUCGGGAGUGGGCAGACUACCACCUUCGCUUGGGAGUCGCCCGCAUCUACCUGUUUGACACGGACAAUCCCGAGCCUGUGGAGCCAGACAUUGCAGACUUCAUCAAUCAGGGGCGCGUGGAGUACUACUACCUGCCGCGAGUCACGCCAAUAACUAUCAAGCUGUAUGACUUGUGCCUGCGCCAUGCAAGCCCACUCCAUGCCUUCAUCGCCUUCAUCGAUGUUGACGAGUUCCUGGUGAUGGCAUCGGCCGAGCGCGCAAGGGGGCUGCCAGGCCUGCUCAAGGAAUUUGAGCAGCACGGCGCCCUGGCGGUGAACUGGAGGCUGCUGGGCCCGGGAGGCCAUGCGAUCCAGCCAGGGGGGGGAGUCCUGCAGAACUUCCUGGCAUGCACGCCAGUACAAUACCCUGAGAAUCGACAUAUAAAGUCUAUCGUUAAUACCAAAUUUGUGAGGGGCACCAGCUCGGACCCCCACCACUUUGAGUAUGCAGCGGGGGCGAGUGCUGUGACCCUGGCAGGGGAGCAAGUCACUGAGGCCAUGUCGGCCACGGUCUCGGGCGAUCGCAUGAUGCUCUACCACUACGCCACGAAGAGCAUGAGCCAGUAUAGUGGCAAAAUGGUGAAAGGGUCCGGCAUGGGUAACCGCAAGGGGGCCGAGUUCCUCACGCGCAUUGACGGUGCCAGUACGGAGAUCUGCACAGACGCACUCACCAGCUGCAAGGAGCUGGGCAUGGAGGCAUGUGCAAACGUGACACUCCCUGUGGGCACCGCAUAG